AAAGCCCGUUCAGUCUGAGAGAGUUAAUCGUACCCGAACGACGCACCUGUGUCCGUGUCUGAGGCAAUAGCUUUGCGCAAGUCCGGGAGAGUAUUUGAAAAUCCUUGCAGAAGAGAAGCCCUGCUAGUAGUUUGUUGAUCCCUGUGAAGUUCUACUAGGUGAAAGGAUUCCUUCACACGCGGAAGUAGCGAAGCGGUGAAAUGUUUCUAAAAAGUUGAUAGUUGGAAAAGAUCGUACCGAAAGUGUUGCUGAAGUUGGAAAUUGACGCACCAGCAAAGGAGAUGAAGCUAGUGGUUGUAAACCGAUCCGUGAUUGGUGGGUAAGCUAAAACGAUGCCAAGAUGGAGGCUGCCGCCACAGUUGCUGGUGCUGAAAUUUUUAUCAGAGAUUAAGCUAAAGAGCUGUGGUGCGUAUUGAGGUUAAGGAAGCUCUUGUUCAGCACCUUGAUCGGUGAGCGAUGCUGCGAAAACGGUGUGAAAAGGAAUGUUUUCGAGUGCUGUUGUUGUGAAUCGCGCAGUUGGGAAAUAUUUGUAGUAGGCCUAAACAUGACCGAAACCAGUGCUCGACCGCACUAAUUUUUUUUAUCGAAUUUUGUGGUCACCGAUCGGACCAAACCAGUGAGGAUUCGGGGUGGGUGUGAGUAGAGCGAGCGUAAGUCGAAUUGAAAGAGAUUAAAGGUGAAACAAAUAACCGAAAAAAGUGGUGAUUUUAUGUACUCGUAUGAAGAUAGAACGUGGCGAAAAGGACGGCAGUGCAGUGUGAUAAGCUGAAAACAAAUAAUCGUAAAACAGAAAACGGUGUGCCCGGGCAAAUUCAAGGUGAUAUCCAUAGCCGUAAAAUAAAGGAUCAGUUGGUUAAAAUUGAAAUUAAAUCAUCCUCAAGCUGGAUUACAAUCAUUGGAUUACGGUACCACCCGUAAAUUGGGUUGUUUCGGAAACGGUGCAACUCGGCACUACACACUAGUAUCGGUGCGGACCGAGACAGACAGCAUGAUAGUGCCUUUUAGGCUGUGAGGUGUGAGAAAAACUUUUUACCAGAAUACACGGAUCCUAUUCAGAUUUUUCGGCCAGGCAGGCCAGUGAAAGUAAUUCAAUCAGAAUGCCGGCCGCUGGCGGCACAACCGACGAUCAUGGAAUCACGACAAUGUCACGUUCCUCACGAAUUGACCAGUUCCUAGCCGGUGGAAACUCGCCUUCUUCCCCGUCGAUUCGAGGUUCCUCCGGUGGAGCCAGCUCCGGAUCUGCCAGUAGAAGCGGAGGACGAACACCAUCCUCUGGAGCGGGUGGAUACGAUGGCCAGCUGGGCGGAUUUCCACCACACAUGAUGAACCCCGCAGGCCAGCAUCACGGUCGGGAAAGUUCUGCUUUCGUGCCUGUGCUUCCUUCUCGUUCUCUAAGGCCUGGUCUGUACCCGGGAAUGCUGGACGGACCGGAUGGACUACCGAAAGAAGGGGUUCCCAAGCGAGGCUCCAGCUACGAAUUGAUGGCCAUGAUGGCCGAUAAACGGAAAGAAAUGGCACUUAGGGAAGCAGCAGCCGCAAUGCUACUGCCUAGACCUGGAGGUCCUCCGGUACAAUCUCCUGGUGGGAUGUAUCCACCUCCAGGAGCCUUUCUCGGAGGACCAGGUCCAUCACCGACUUCAGCUGGAACGUUUACUUUCCCCCCGGCUGGACUGUACCCACCGGGAGUUCCCGGAAUGCAUGCCGGGCUAGAUCGAAGAUUGAUGCGAGCUCCGGGUCGAGCGUCGCGUCCCAAGAAACAAUUCAUCUGCAAGUUCUGUUCCCGCCAGUUCACCAAGUCCUACAACCUGCUAAUCCACGAACGUACGCACACUGACGAACGGCCCUACUCCUGCGAUAUUUGUGGGAAAGCUUUCCGACGGCAGGACCAUCUACGAGACCACAGAUACAUCCAUUCAAAGGAAAAGCCAUUCAAAUGCACCGAGUGUGGCAAAGGUUUCUGCCAGUCGCGAACGCUGGCCGUGCACAAGAUUCUGCACAUGGAGGAGUCGCCUCACAAGUGCCCGGUUUGCAAUCGCAGCUUUAAUCAACGUUCGAACCUGAAAACACAUCUGCUGACCCAUACCGAUCACAAACCAUACGAAUGUAAUUCCUGCGGAAAGGUGUUCCGAAGAAACUGUGACCUGCGGCGUCAUGCACUAACCCACACGGUUGGAGACGUUCCGGCCGAAUCGUUGGAUGUCGGAGAUGAUGAUCCCAAUCUGAGCGGUGAUGAGGACGAAGGUGUCUUGGAGGUUGAUUCUCCGGUACACUCACCUGCCGGUAGAAAUAGAUCCCCAUCUCCACCGCUGGAUAUGCCCGUUUCUGCUGAACUUGAGGAUGACUACCCAGAUGAACACGACGGAGAGAAUGAUGAAGAUGAAACGAUCAGUGUAGCAGGUCACGAGCCAGAUCCAACACCAGUAGUUCAGUGCCAUCACGAGAGACCCACCGGAUCCAAGAGUCCGUAUACUAUGCGGCCUCAGUAUGACCAUGGAAGUAGAUCAUUCAUGUUGCCUCCAUUGCCGCAUCAUCUAAUGAACCAGAACUCCGGCGGUGAGGAUCUAACAACGGGCGGAUCCGGACCGGGACUUUCGUCACAGCAUCCACAUGACAUGUUCAUUCCCAUGCUUCACGUUCGAAGAGAUUUGCAUCAUAAAAUGGGAUUACUCGGUCGAGCUUCAUCCACAAUUACGAGUGGCCUGAUGGAAUCGGGUGGUCCAUUUUUCGGUUCCAUCCCGCUGCGAAAACGAGCCAUGGGCCCGGAUGGCGAAGCACAUCCCAUCAUGGGACGCAAUCUGAUGUCUUCUCAUCUUUCACCAGCGAUGAUGAAUCAACGUCCGUUAAUGAAACCAACCGAUGACCCCCACAAACCCACCGCUCAUCCACCACCUGAUGCUCCUCACGAAUCCGUUCCAAUGAUGUCCCCAACAUCUCCGCUCCUGUCACCUCACCUUUCGUCACCGUCCCUGCCACUUCAACUACCUCCACCCCCACCCAAUCAAGUACCCAUUAAUCUCGUCAAUCUGCCUCCUUCCGUGGCGAAAUCGCCUCCGAAUCCUGUCCACUGUCCAUCGUCAUCGCAGCCAUCGACUACCGUGCAAGUCGCACAAUCGUCACCGGCGAUUGUCCCGUCGCCAUCCUCACUAUCGAACACACCGCAACCACCUACAGCAUCCGUGUUGCAGCCGCAACAACCGCCACCGCCACCACCACCAUCACGUAAGACUGGUUUCAGCAUAGAGGACAUCAUGCGCCGCUAAUGAAGGAAGCAACGUACCGCCACCGUCGGCACCGUUGGCAGCAUCGUUCGAAUCAAUCAAUCAACCGUAGACGGUUAAUUAAUCCUAAUGAAUGUUACAAAUGUACAAAAAAAGCAAACAAAAUCACCACAACAACACGUACGAGAACAGAACAAAAAAAAAACACACACACACACAUGAGGACGCAACUGUGCCUGGAUGUUGAGGGUGGGAGAAAGAAGAAGAAAGGAGAAAAGGUUUAGGGUUUCACUUCCAUCAAGUAUUUUGUACUGAUAUUGACAAAAAACGCCAACAUUUCACCUUCCCCCCAGAAUUGAGUGAGCAAUGCCCGUGAACUUGUGGAUAUCAGGCUAUCAAUCCAAUACGGAGCAAAGUCGUGGUUUUUGUUUGGGAUGGAAAAUAGAUUCCCGGACCACUAACUAGCAUUCGUGUUGCUGAGGGUUGUUUUUUUUUGCAACGAUUUCUCAAUUUGGGAGAUGCUUUAAUAUUAAACGAAACCAAACGUGAGCAUCUUAAGAUUUUGUUUUCACCGUACAAGUUGAAAAUAUGAUGAUUACUUAACUUGAAACCGAAACCCUAGCUAAAAAACGAAACCAACGAACAGUUCUGAAUGGAAGUGAGAGUUGAUUUUUUAUUUGCUAAAAUUAAAAUGCCACGUAAGCUCUCCGUUGAUUUGAAUUGCGUUGAUUUCAUUCAUAAAGUUUCAAAUAUCAAAUGGCAAUAAUGGUUUUUAUGAAAAACACGUUCUGUGGGUAUUUCAUUUAGCGAUCGUGAGCCGUGGAAUCAAUUUGAUUCCUGUUUUUUUUUAUCAUAAUGGCGGAAACGAUUUCAAUAACGGUAGUUAGGCUGGUAACGGGUAUAGCGCGAUGGGUUAGUCGAUGCCUUUCACGCAGCCCACCCGGGUUCGAUUCCCAACUCCGCACAUAAAGCCAGAAAGUGACCUCAAAGUUUAAACCGCUAUAAUCGAAGCAAAAACAUAAAACGGUAGUUAGAAAACGUUGUUGAAACUGUUGUUCUAAACAUAGAAUCAUUCUUGCUUCAUGCCAUCGGAAAUAUGUUCAGUAACUUAUGGUAAAAUUUAGUAGAGUAUGUAGUAUCAAUGAAUUACGCAGAAUGUAAUCCUGAACUUCGUCGUAGCGUUAGACGAAAUAGGACCAUUCGAGCAGCAGCCAAAACUCGGCAUCAGAAGUUUUGCCAUAAAAUGAAAAGGCACUCGAGCUUAUUUAAAUUGAAGAAAAUCAACAAUUCGAAACUUGAAAAACUUUUUUUAACAUUUUCUUCCAUUGAAGCAAGUGAUUCUACAACAGAAUAAUCAGUGAAGAAGUUUUGACUGUUGUAUUUUUCAAUUCGUGAAGAAAGCAGGCCAGUUAUAUCUUUAUUCACAUAAUUCAGUUAUGUCUCUGAUACUACCCACCCUUAUUUUUUUUUGAAUUCCGAAACUAGUUUAUUUUGAUUCUUGACCCAUGCUUCUAAAAUACAAGUUAUGAGUGAAAAUGUUGCGAUGAAAAUAGAUCUCGGUCCGAAUACUUGUUUCACAAAAAUGUUUUCCUGUUUGAUAAUUUGAAAUAUCGAGCUCAUGUUCAUGUGUCUCUCAAAAAGCAAAGCCUAAUAUAUGCAUCAUUUAUUUCAUCUGAUCUUGAACAACCAGAAAUCAGUUAUGGCAUUUCACUAGAGUAAUACACCAGAGCGUGAGUUUCAUUCCUACGCUACGGAUUCAUUCGGUGGGCAGCACACAACAAGGAAUGCGCACUUCUUUUUAGUGUCCAUUAUACAGACUUUGAAUGUGUACUUGUGUUGAAAGAAGCUGGUGCGAGUGAACCACAUUCUCUUCGCAUGGAAUCGCUCUCACGUGCUCUCGUCAAGAAGUGAUCACUGCACAGUGGUCCGAAACGGGAGAUUGUCCUGACAAAAAUAUUUUCACUAUUAAAUAUUAGUUUUUUGUAGUUUGUGUCUUCAUAAAAGUAAUCAAAUGACGCUCUUUUUGAUGAAAAAAGUUACUAGGGUGGUCCUCAUUUAGAUUGAAAUCUGAAAAUUACCUUUCGUAAUUGAACUCAAAAAUGAUUUUGUUGUACAAUAAAGUUUUAGGAAAUUCUAUUUUGAGCAGCUUUGCUAAAAAAAGCACCUCUCUAGCUUUUCAUUUGAUCGAGUUACAUCAAUUUUCCCGAGUAAAAGUAGGGUGGUUCCUGAAAAAUUACUUGUUUUGUUCUAACUUUUUUGUGAAACGUUCUACGGAAAAUAUUUCUUCAGAAGAGUUGUUGAACUAUUCAUUGCGCAUAAUUUUGCUUAACCAAGCUUUUUCAUAUGAGCUACCAGUAAAAAGUUAUGAUUGUUUUUCAUCAAAAACUAGUCAAGCUUAAAAUAUCAAUAUUCAUUAGAUGCCACAUUGAUAAAAAUGUAUCCUAUGCGGUUUCUGAAAGGUCAUAAUAUAAGUGUAAAUUGAAGAGAAAAUUGGAAGGGCGUUAUUUUUUUAACUUAUUUAAAUUAGUCUUAAAAAUACCUUCAAAAAACUCAAAAACAUUGCAUAACUCUUAAACGCCUUAACGUAUCAACAUACUUUGUUCAGCAAUAUAAUAGUAUCAAAAUAGUUCUACAAGUGUUCUAUACAUUGUCCUUUCGAAAAAUGAGACACACAAAAACUACAGCCGAAAAUAGAUUGCAGAACAAUUUUAAUAAAUUUAUUACCAAAAUAACUACUUUAAUUUAGUUUGAGCAACUGAGAAUUAAAGAUACUGUGUACCGAAUAGCCUGUAAAAAUCGGAAAACGACGUACAAUGAGUAUUGGUUCGAAUAAAUAUAUUCUACUCAUUUUAACAAACUAAUGAUUUUAUUGGGUUUCAGGAAGUGCUUUGACUUACAAAAAAUCUAUUUUCGGCUGUGGUUUUUGUAUGUCUCAUUACUCGAAUGGACAAUGUAUGGAGCACUUGUAGAACUAUUUUGAUUCUAUUAUUUUGCUGAAGGAAGUAUGUUGAUAUGUUAAGGCGUUCAAGAGUUAUGCAAUGUUUUUGAGUUUUUUGAAGGUAUUUUUAAGACUAAUUUAAAUAAGUUAAAAAAAUAACACCCUUCAAAUUUUUUCUUAAAUUUUUACUUAUAUUAUGACCUUUCAGGAACCGCAUAGGAUACAUUUUUAUCAAUCUGGCAUCUAAUGAAUAUUGAUAUUUGAAGCUUGACUAGUUUUUGAUGAAAAAUCAAUAAUAGCUUUUUGCUGAUAGCUCAUAUGAAAAAGCCUUGUUAAGUAAAAUUGUUCGCAAUGAUUAGUUCAACAACUCUUUUGAAGAAAACUUGUCCGUAGAACGUUUCACAAAAAAAGGUAGAACAAAAAAAGUGAUUUUUCGGGAGCCACCCUACCUUUACUCGGGAAAAUUGAUGUAACUCGAUCAAAUGAAAAGCUGAUGCUUUUUCAGCAAAGCUGCUCAAAAUAAAAUUUCCUAAAACUUUAUUGUACAACAAAAUCAUUUUUAAGUUCAAUUAAGAAAGUUAGACUAGUAACUUUUUCCGUCAAAAGGAGCGCCAUUUGAAUACAAACAACUUUUGUGAAGUCACGAACUACAAAAAACUAAUAUUUAAUAGUGAAAAUAUUUUUGUCACGCUGAUUUCCCGUUUCGGACCGUAGUGCACUGGCGCGUGAUGGUGAACGAAUACUUCUGUGAACUUCAAUUAAUAGAGCGUAUAUCUGGCCUUGCUAUGAAAAUCUUGCAAGGGAAAACGUAAACUCAACGAUAAAUUGUUUCAGGCCCGUGCGCAGGAAUCAUCCAUGG